AUGCGAUCCCGGCUAGCUCUCUUCCUCGGCCUCGUGGCCCUCGUUGCGACUGCCUCGGCAGCCGACACUCCGACUGACCCAGCUGCUCCUGCCACGCCAACUGAUCCAGCAACCGCCACCCCGACGGAUCCUGCGGCCACUCCCACCACGGCCCCGACAACUGACCCAGCAACCACCGCCGCCAGCUCCUCUUCAGAUGCCACCACCGUAGCUCCCACCACAACUCCCUCAACUUCUACUAAGAAGACACCGCAGAAACAUAAAUACCAUUCCCAUAGGAAAAUCAAAAGGCCGGCCGUUGUAAGGCGUAGACGGAGACGCGAUGGUCGCCAAAGUACCAAUGGCAGGCGCCGCAGGAGAUCCACCAGGAUUUAA